AUGCUAGACCACGUCAUCGGAAGGCCGUCCGUCAAAUCGCGCCGGCUGCAGGUGUUAGCUGCGCUGACAUUCUGGUCCUUUUACUUAUUCAGAGGCAACCGACAUGGACCACCUGUCAUUCGGUACUUGUCCAAAAUCUCAUCGAGGACCUUCACAUCAUGGCAGACCGUCGUCCUCACCAUGAUGUAUCUGUAUGCUGCCCGGCAUUUCAGCACAGUCGUUGGACUGGCCAGUCCGGAGCCCAUGGCCAAUAUGUACGAUGCAACGUAUUUCCGCGCCACCUGGGUCCUGACAGCUCUGGACGCGGGCUUUUGGACUGCCAUGAAGAUCAAGAAGAAAUGGCUGAGGGAUCUGGCCAGCAUGGUUUUCACUGUCUUCUACAUGGUGUCCGCGGAACGAGCCGACGAGAAGGUCCGCAAAGUCAGAGGAAUGCUCACCGUCGAGCAUCUGCGGGUUAGCUGGAACAAGGGAACAACGCCGUACCUCCAAACUCUGCAGAAGUUGAUGCGACCCCGGUUCACCCGUUGGCCUCCCCGAGCUAUCCGCAUACCGAGGCCAAGCACGAGCGACUAUAAGGAGCCUGUCUCCGGAUGGCUAUACUACGAUGGGCCUGUGUCCGACCUGGAGCAUAUCAGCAAGAUGAUCUUGGAUAUACCCGGAGGUGGCUUUGUGGCUAUGGAUCCGAGAUGCAACGACGACAAGCUAUUUGCAUGGGCUGGGAAGACUGGUCUGCCCAUACUCAGCUUGGACUAUAAGAAGGCGCCCGAGUUUCCGUAUCCGUACGCCCUGAACGAGUGUUUCGAUGUGUACGCGACCAUUAUCAAGAGCAAAGGCCGAUGCAUUGGGAUGUCAGGGCGCGAAACCCCGCGGGUUGUGGUCACAGGUGACAGCGCCGGAGGUAACCUGUCGACGGCUAUGACUCUGAUGGUCAUCGAGAGCACCACUACCAACCGGCGCCCAACGCUUGUACAGACGGAGCUCCCCGCCCCGGACGGCCUCGUGCUGUUAUACCCCGGCUUGGAUAUGAAUAUUGGAAACUGGAUGUCUGACGAGCAGAUGUCUCUGAUCAAGGACAGGAGGGUGCGGGUUACAAACAAAGACUACCUGCGCCGCAAAAGCAUGCAAUACAACGACCUAGUUGGUACACCACAUCAGUCGGACGAAGAGGACGAAUAUCCAAUUCCACAAGGACCUAGUUCUGGAUCAAAUGGGUCGAAAGGGGAGAUCAUUCCGGACAGCGACGGGCUUCGCAGUCCACAUCCGGAGUACUCACAUGCCCACCCCCAGAGUUGGGCCAAAGCUCAACCGUCUUCGCCAGUUUCAAAGCGCGAUACCAAGUCGCUGUCGCACCAGCCCCAGCCCAUGCGCACGCGCCUGGCCAUGGCCUCCAUGAUAUCCUACUUCAACGACCGGGUCCUCACGCCCGAGAUGAUGCGCGCCAUGAUCAUCUUGUACAUCGGCCCGCACAGCCGCCCAGACUUCUCGCAGGACUACUUCCUAUCACCCAUCCUGGCCCCCGACAUCCUCCUACAACGUUUUCCCAAGACGUAUUUCCUCACCGGCGAGCGCGACCCCUUGGUCGACGACACCGUCAUCUUCGCAGGCCGUCUACGCCGCGCAAAACAAGCAUUCCACUCGCAGCGUAGUUCGCAGCGCAUGGAGGGCCUCGACGACAUCACGGAUUACGACGAGAAGGACGUUGCAGAGGUUGUCUUGAUACCCGGCAUCAGCCACGGCUUCACGCAGUUCCCCACGCUGUACCCUCCCGCCUGGAAGCUGAUCGACCGCUGCGCGCGGUGGGCCGUGGAGCUCCUCAACACAGCCGAGUCGCGCGAAACCCAGGAGAAACAGCAGCGCACCUCCUCCUCUUUCCGACACCACGUCCGCACCGAGUCCAGCGGGGACGAGGACCGGCCGCUCGAGAUUAACAUGACGAGAGCCAGGGGACGGACCAUCAGCGAUGAGGCGAGGGCUAGAGACGCUGCCGCCGCAGAGCAGCAAACGAACGAAGGCAGCACGUCCAGUGCGAACGGCGGCGCUUCGACGUCGAAGAAGAAGCGAUCGAAUGGACGAACUGGAUUCGGGCAGAAUUCAACGAGUAUUGUAAAGCUCGAUAGCUCGGAUGACCUGCUGGGGCGGCGCAUGCAGGGCCUCGCGGGGCCGCUGACUGGUGCUCAUGAUGAGGAUUGA